CUCUUUCUAAUGUUUGUAUCUAUCAGCAAAAACAAUUAUUAAAUAGCAAAAAAUUACAUGCAACAAAUUAAUGUAGCUAAAUCUAUGCAACAAAUUACAUGCACAAUCUUAGGGGUUAAGCUCUAUGAUUUAGAUAACUAAGACCUAGGAUUCACUCAUUAAGGGUUAGGGUAUAGUAUCAUGCCCACAAAUCCGGUUAAUUCGUGGUCCAUAUAGCAUUUUCUUACUUAGAGUAUAGUAUCAUGCUUAGAUAUUGACAAUAGAUGUGGCAUUACACCAACAAAAUGAAGAUAUUAGUAUAAGUAAUGGAAUUUUUAUCUCAAAACAAACACCAAAGAUAAAUAAAUUUGAGCAAAUGCAUAUUUGAUAAGUUAGAAAAUUAUUCAACAAUGGACCAUGUUAAGAUUAGAACCCUCGAUAGUGUGUGCGUAUCUUUGACCGAGAUUCUAAACAAACAUCUAAACAAUGACCAUGAGUUGAGGGUGAGUCUAUAUUAAACUUCAGGAAUUAACAAUUGGUACAUAUUGUAUAAGAUAUUAAGUUGAGUGUCUUGAUAGAAAAAUAUGAUCUUACACUAGAACAAUAAAUUUUCAAUUGGGAUGACCAAAUUUAUGUAAUAUUGAAGUAACUUCAUAAAAAAAUUCUAACUAAGUUGUCGUCAUCUGAGCAACAUCAUUGGUUGAGAGUUCGUCCAAACUCGAGAUUCAUUGAAUGACAUAUAUUGUAUAAGACAAAAAAAAUGAGUAUUGUUAUUGACAAAUCUUGACAUAAGAUUCUAUAUGGGACGUGAUAUAUCUUUGUGACAUGAUUUAUGAUCAGUGAAUCGAAGCAUCAUAAGUGAAUGUGCUAAGUAUUGAGAAUUUUUAAUUUAUAGACGCACCGCAUACUCACCAAUGAAUGCAAAUGUAAAAAAUUUAGAAGAUACAAAAUAGUUUAAACAUAUAGAUAAAUUGAUUAAUGUAAAUGUUAAAUUAAACUCACUGGCCAACGGGCCGGGUAAAAAGCUAGUAGCUAUAAUUCUAGACCUUCCGUCUUGAUUAUCUAUUCAUCACCAAAGUCAAUUAUUAGCCUAGCUAGAUAAACCUAUACGCUAAGAAUUAUAAUUGAUAAUCCCUGGGGGGAUAAUGACAAGUGUCGAACCAUGAUUUGUCCAUCCUCCUCGGGUUCUCUUUCUCUCUCGCUACCCCCUCCCUCCUCUCAAUAGUAUAGACAAGAUCACAAGAACAUUGAACUUACUCCUACUCCGAUUCCCUCCUUUCAAUUUCUCUUCCUCCACCCCACCAUUCCAAAAAAAGUUCCCAUCUUUAUAACCCCAAGCAAGCUUCUCCAUGACUCAACUCUCUCUACUGUCUCUACUCUCUACCCUUUUUCCUUGACUUCUUCUUCUUCUUCUUCCUUUUCAACCAAAUUUCAGGCUCAAACCCAAAGAAAGGAAGAAUUCCCCUCACUUCCCCACGCACCCAUAUAAAGUUUGGAAAAAAGCUUCAAGCUUCCAUCUUUAUUCUUCUCCUUCUUAGGAAAAAAAGCCGCUUUAUUCCUUGGUUAUUGUUCCCUUUCUCCCUUAUAAUUAAACUCUCCCAAAACCUCCCCCAGGAGUAACUAAAUGGGUUUCUCAGCAGAGAACGGCAAAUGGGUUGUUUCCGGCAUCUCGCUCCGGGCUCCCUUGAAGCCAAUUUUCACGGAGAGAGAUGCCGGCGACGGCGGUGUGGAUGACGAGAAGUACGGAUCUCCGACGACUCCAAAGAGCGAGGAGGCGAGGAUACCGGCGAGGCUGCCCUGCCCGCCGCCUCCGAGGAAGCGGAGGGCCACCAGCUUGAAGCGGAACUGCAACGGCGGCGGAGCGAGGGAGUUCUUCGUCCCUCCCGACUUGGAAACCGUCUUCGUAUGCCGCCACGUUCAAAGGGCUGGCUAGCUACUACUAUAAAACUUAGUAAUUAAUUGUAGUAACCUAAUUCGACUUACUUGAGUAAUUACUUCCUAGCCGCGUUUGGAAUUUGAGUUAGUGAUUUUCUUUCUUCUUUUUUACAUUUUAGUUUUCCACAAUUAUUUACUGAUUCUAGUAAAUCAUCUUGAAGUGUAAUUAAUUCGAAAUUGUAGUUUGUAUGUAUUACUAUGAUAGUAAAUAAUCUCUGUAUCAUUUUCUUGGUGCGUGGUUGAAGCGUAUUAAAAUCUUGUAUCCUUUUGUUGGCACUUUAAAAUCUUGUAAACCAAUUUAUUGGGUCACAAUUUCUUGUUUAAUUGUUCACUUUGCUGAGAACCAUUCCAAAUGAUUGAAGUGCUUCGAUGAGUUAAUUAAGGUUGCGGAUUAGAACUUGUCAGGUUUCGUUAUUACGAGUAUUAAAAUAGCUUUCCCUAUGCUUUCAGUCUCAAGAUCGCCAUCUUAAAAGGAAACAAAGGUUAAAUUUUUUGUUGAGGAAAUUAUGAUAAUGUGUUUGGAUGUAAGAAGAAGAAUGGUACUUGGUAGUUCUGGUGUUGACCAUUUAAGGGCAAGCUAGCUAGGAGUGGGGCAUAAGUUUGAGUUUUGGCUUUUCUUCUUCUUUAUCUUGUUUAACCUGAAUGGCUAAUGUCUAUAGCUAGUACAAAGUUUGUACUUUCUUUUUGCAUUCUACAGAAAACUGUUUAUCUUUCAUGCGUAAGAAAAUGACAGUUAGUAGGCAGUCAAAAAAACCUAAGUAGGAUUGAAAGAUUCCAUGCCCAUCCACACCACAUAAGAAAAGGUUAGUCCGUGCAACUAAAUCAAGGGUAAAAAUUAGGUAUAUAUGACAUUACCUUAAUUUGCUUUGUUGUUCAUCUAUUCGUCUAUAAAUAGCAAGGUUUAAAAAGAUACUUGGCUGGCGUUUGGACUCUGCCUAGCACCUAGCAGGCUAGCACGCCUAAGCGAUCAUUUAGGUGGAUCAUGUUGCCAUUCCUAACAAGCUACAUCUACUAGGUUCAGAGUUAGAGUGCAUUACCUUUUUUCUAUAGUCUAAUUAUGUUUGAGACAUUACUCACUUUGGACUCUUCCUAGCACAUAGCACCACCUAUUUCACAAAAUGUACCUUGUUAGGUGAGGGCAAUUUAAGCAAAUUAAAGAGUUUAGGGCAAUUUAAGCAGAUAGUUUUAAAGAGGUAAAGAACUCACUUUUAGGAAUGUCUGAGUAGGGUUGGUAUCUCAAUAUUGAUGUUCGUUCUCUGAUAAAUACAAGUCGGAUCU